GAGGUUCGACGACAUUCAGAAGACGAUGGAGAGUUUCGACCCGCCGGUGCCAGACAUCAUCCGGGUCGUGGUGACCCCGAGCAACCUGGCCAGCCAGACGGUGACGCUCGUCUUCGGGUGUGCGGACGGUCAGGAGUUCGAGGCCGAGGUGUCCGACUGGCGCUGGUGGUUCCGCGUGGCUCAGCAGAUGAGCGGUGCCGGGAAGGCCGUGUUCUGUCUGAUCGCCGGGGACCUCGGGCACGCGGACUCGAUCGCCGCGAUGGCGAGCUCGACUCGCACGUGGGCGGAGAGCUCAUGCACCUCGUUCUGGACCUGCUGCACGUCCGGGGACGGCAACAAGCUCCGCCAGCUGCAGGAUUUCCACCAGUCGCUUCAGGGCAAGAACAUCCAAGACAUCGAGCAGGACGCCGACUCCGGCACCGAGGCAAUGAAGAAGCUGUACAGGACUUGGAAGCAGCCCGGUGACACCUCAAGCUUCGACGACCUGAUCAACCAGUCGGUCAAGAUCAGCACGCAGACAGAUCGAGUGAAGGUGGUGUUGCGCACGAGCGGCUUCUACAACAAGUUCUACUACGAUGUGCGCCGGCAAGGCGGCGGCGCCUGGGUGCGGAAGCUAGGCCCCGGAAGGACGCAGGCCCUCACCGACGGCAGCAGCGACGGCUCGCCCGGGCGGCGCGCGCCCGCUGGCGCGCGGCAGCGGUCCGCCAGCGAGCCCGCGCUGGAGGAGGGCGGCUGGGCGGCGCGGUCGGCGCCCUCGUUCGGAGGCGACCGGGGCCGCCCCGGGGCCCAGCGCGCGGCCGUGAGCCCGCGGCCGUUGACCGCGGGCGCGCGCAGCCGCAGCGCUUCCGCCGUGGGCCGGCCGGUGGGGCGCCAGGAACUGCCGCGGCGCUCCUACUCGUCGGCCCCCGACUCCCGCGUGAGGUUCAGCGACGCCUCGCCGCGCGAGGAGUCCGCGGGGUCCAGCCGAAGGCGCCGCCCUGGCGCCGAGCCCAACGGGAGGCACCCGUACGGCGCCGAGCCCAAUGGGUGGCACCACGACGGGCAGCACGGGGACGACGACGACGACGACGACUGCUGCGACCACCGCGCAGGGGAG